CUACACUUAUGAAUCCUCUCUUCCAGGUAUCUUUCCGGAUCUUCCAAAUUGCCAUUGCGUCGAAAACAUUUUCGAGUUGCCUACUAUGGAGGGAUUGGAUGUUUUCGUUGGCUUAAUGGAGGGAGUCAACUUGGGUGCAGCUUCUCUUGCUGGGUUUCCAAGUCUCAAAGUCCUUCCUUUCCACGGAGAGCUUGGAUUCCAUGGAGUCAGCGUAUUCCAGCAAGAGAGCAGAAACGAGAGCAUGGUAGUCACGCUGUUGGAUACGGAUCUGCGAGGAAAGGUCACAAAGGCCCAAGAGAAAUUGGGCAGAAGCAUUCAUAUUGGCUAUCCGUUCUUGCAGGAAGCAAAGGUGGUGAAGGUUUCUGACGAACUGUUUGAUUACGUUUUGCCAGAGCAAGGACCCCCGCAACCUGUUGCCAUUCCUCAUGGACCACAGGAGAUCUCGAACUGGAAAAAGAAGGCCGACAGGAUCGAGAACACGUAUAGCAGACGACUCGGCAUGGUUAUUGGAGAUGUCGAAUCCCUCGUGCAUGUUGAAAUGCUGUUGGGGCUCAAGAAGACUGAAGAUGGUGCCACGAUCAAGGAGUAUGGUACUAUUCCUGGAAUGGAGACGGACUAUGCGACUCAAGCGAUCGUGGACGAAGUGAUCAAUGAGGAUCGGCGUUUCAUUGAGAAAGCUGCUCUCCCCAUUGAACAAGAAUUCCCGGAGGGUUCCAGGGCCUUCUUUUUGGGAGAUUACGCGUAUGGUAGGCCGUUGGAGGUUAUUAGUCAUGCAGAUGGGAAAGCCACCGUUUGGGUAUUGACGUCGAAGACUCCUGAACGGGAAUUUGGCCGAGAGAUCGCCUACCGCUCCGAGCAGACUACGCCUUACACGCCUUCUUUUGCUGUCGCUAGGAUGCUCAACCUGAAUCCGUUGGUGCUCAGCAAGCUUACGUCUUCUUUCUCAGUCCAAUCCAGUGGUCUGCGUUUGAACCUUGGACUCAAUCUGAAGUUCGAAGCCAAGAAGCUCAAGGUUUUGGGCUAUUCCCGUAAGGGUGACACGGGGUGGGAGUAUUCCCAGAAGGCAAUUGACCUAAUCGCGCAAUACAUGAUCAAGUUUCCAGAGUUCAUUGCUGGAAUAAUGCGGAAUCCGAAGGGCGACAUUUACGAGGACAAGAACUUCUACCCAGAGGAAAUUGCCAAGGAGAAGAUGAAGGAGAUCGGAGCGUGGCUGAAGUCGAUUGAGUCCAAGAGCUUCGAGAAGGUCCCGCUAGAGGCGGCACAGCUCGACUCGGACGUGGUAGGACUUAUUGAGAAGGCGGCCGACGAAGCCCUGGCGAAUGGGCCGCCACCGGAGCCCAAGAAGCUUAAGGGUGUUCCGAGAAGCGCUCUUCUCAAGCCCUCGGAUGCCGAACAGCGUGUUGGUAACCAAAAGUUCUAUCUAGGUGACAGGGUCGUCUACGUUCAGGACUCCGGCCGGGUCCCGAUCGGACAGCGUGGCACUGUUGUUGGGCUGACACGCACUUCCCGAACGACUCUCUUGGAUAUCGUUUUCGACACAACUUUCAUGAGCGGCACCACACUUGGCGAGCGUUGCUCUCCGUUCAGAGGAUCAACGGUCCCUAUGACAUCGGUCCUGAACCUCUCAGAGAAACAGGUCAUCGCGUGGUCGCCGGCUGGCCUAGCGAAGAACCCGCAGCAAGCUGCUCAGCCUCUUACCAUGCAGCAGCCACGAUACGGAGCCCCACUCGGCCCUGGAGGCUAUGGCCAGCUUGUUCCAGCGGCCAACCCAGGGCCUUUGCGAGGCUCCUUCCGUGGAGCGGUAGCGGGCCAUCCCAACGGAAGCACCCGCGGGGGCGGAAGAGGAGGCAGAGGAGGCUUUGAUAACAAUCUGAACGGCAAUAGCAACGGUACUCCACAUACCCAAACUCUGCCCUUCAACCUCCGAGGUGGAAGAGGCGGCGGUUUCGCGCCUCGCGGCCAGGCAGGCUUCGUACCUCGUGGUCGCGGUGGUGCGGCCAAUGGACGUGGAUUCGCUCCCGUCGACAACACUGAUCCGUUGGAGGGAGUAGUGCAGAACAACCCAAACUUCAAACCAAAGUCGUACACCAAUGCCCCGCCGCCUCCUCAGCUGGAUGCUCCUAGAGGUGGUCGGGGAAGGGGUGGACCUCGAGGUGAUUUCAGGGGUGGACGAGGUGGGCGUGGACCAAGAGGUAGAGGCCGAGGCAGGCUGGGAGAGAACCAGCCGCCGCAAGUGCAGCAGCAGGCGCAGUAGGCGAUGUGUUAGUCAUUUGUGAAGGGGAUGGCAUUUGCUGACAAGGAGAAGCCCUACGCAGAAGCUCUGGGCUGCAAGUGGUAUGUAGCUACGGCCAUCUGGUACGAUGAAUGCGGGUAUGGGCCGGGUAUUAUUGGCUCUCGAUAUCUAACUCUUGUCCCAGGUAGCUUUGUACCUGGACAUGGAUAGCAUAGGAUAGGGGCAAUGAGCCCGGCGUGAAAAAUCUACACGAGAGCCAUCGUGCUCCACCAUCUGUAUGCCCCUGCAAGUGACUCGGUGUACUUUUGAGGCUGAGAGUG